CGCGCCAUCGAUCCCCGGAGCGACACUCGACGGAACGGAGGUGUAAGCCAAGAUGACGGCGAAUUCGCAGGCUUGUUUAAGGAUAUCGUGAGAAUCUUCACGGUGACAACAUUAUUCCAGGAAGAUUCCUCGGCUCUGACAGGCGCGAGUGGCCUGCGUUACGCACCCGACUUCUCAACAACACCCCGAGGAGGAGCUGAGCAUGGCUUCGGCGAUACUGCAGAAGGCCAUAGAUCUCGUGACAAAGGCCACGGAGGAGGAUCGUAAUAAGAACUAUGAGGAGGCCCUCAGGUUGUACGAGCACGGCGUCGAAUACUUCCUGCAUUCAAUCAAAUACGAGACACACGGAGACAAGGUGAAGGAGAGCAUACGAGCGAAAUGUAUGCAGUAUUUAGAGAGAGCGGAAAAAUUGAAGGAAUACUUGAAGAAGAACAAGAAAAAGCCGGUCAAGGCUAGCGCGGAUAACUCCAAGAGCGAGGACAAGAAGAGCGACAGUGGUGACAGCGACACCGACAGUGACCCCGAGAAGAAGAAGCUGCAGAGCAAACUAGAAGGCGUUAUAAUCAAUGAGAACACAAAUGUUAAGUGGAGCGACGUGAUUGGUCUCGAUGGGGCUAUCGAGGCUUUGAAAGAGGCUGUUAUUCUACCUAUGCACUUUCCUCAUCUUUUUACCGGGAGACGCGUACCUUGGAAAGGUAUUCUAUUAUUCGGGCCGCCGGGAACUGGCAAGUCGUAUCUGGCGAAAGCAGUGGCGACGGAGGCUAAUCAAGCCACCUUCUUCGCCGCGUCAUCGUCGGAUCUAGUGAGCAAGUGGCUGGGAGAGUCGGAGAAGCUUGUAAAAAAUCUGUUCGAAUUAGCGCGACAAAAGGAACGUAGCAUUAUAUUUAUCGACGAAGUAGACUCGCUGUGUUCGUCGCGUUCCGACAACGAGUCGGAAUCCGCGAGGAGGAUAAAAACGGAAUUUCUAGUGCAGAUGCAAGGUGUAGGGAAUCAUAAUGAGAACAUACUCGUGCUGGGGGCCACCAACAUACCUUGGGUCUUGGAUUCUGCGAUCAGGCGAAGAUUCGAAAAGAGAAUUUACAUUCCGUUGCCCGAGAAGCAGGCGCGCGCCGCCAUGUUCAAGCUGCACCUGGGUAAUACAUCGCACUGUCUGAACGAGGAGGACUUUAAGAAAUUGGCGGGCUCUACCGACGGUUACUCGGGGGCCGAUAUUAGCAUUAUUGUACGGGACGCCCUGAUGCAGCCGAUCCGACAAGUGCAAACGGCUACACACUUUAAGCGCGUCAGAGGACCAUCGCCGAAGGACCCUUCCGUUAUCGUCGACGAUCUACUUACUCCGUGCUCCCCCGGCGAUCCGGCUGCCAUAGAAAUGAAUUGGAUGGAGAUUGAGGGUGACAAAUUGUUCGAGCCACCAGUUACCAUGAAAGACAUGUUGAAAUCGCUAGCAACGACCCGUCCUACAGUGAAUGAAGAAGAUUUGGCAAAGCUAGAGAAAUUUAAGGAAGACUUCGGUCAAGAGGGUUGAGAGACUCUCUCUCUCUCUCUCUCUUUCUCGUAAUUAAGUAAACGGAUUUAUAAUUUAACGAAUACUUUUAGUUAUACAUGCUUGCCUUAUUCCUCUUACGACAACAUGCUUGAUAAUAUCUGUAUAAAUACGUUAUACUCGGAAACGAGCCUUUGUCCCUCGUCUUCUCGUUUAGAUCUCUUUUGUCCCCCCCCCCCUUUUUUUAAAGCGCAACAGCAGAUGCAGUCCGGUAUCGUGAGCUUAUCGCUUGUUUACUUAGUGAAAAUGAUACAUAACUUAUGAAAUAAACCAUAUAUUUUGAGAUAAAAAAAUUCUUAGACCUUUAUCAAGCAAUCGCGACAAGAGGUAGAUUAUUUUCUAUCGUAAAGUGCAAAGUAGGAAAAGUGUCGGUGAUACAUUUGCGAGGUAUAUGGCAAACUCUGUGUUUAAUCCGUCACUAUAUAUAAUCACUAUGAUAAGUACCUAACAAAAUUAAUUGUAAAUCAUAGAUUUUAUAUAGUUACUUCCUAAUCACCUUCGAUCAUAGUUUUAAACACUCUUGCGUAUGGUAUUAUCCGAGCGUCUCGAUUCGGACUCGACAACGCGGGAUCGCCUCGCGGAGUCGGAAGAUCGAGUCGCGGCGGCUGGCGAAUUGAGAAAUUCGCUAGUCGAAAUCGACCAAGUACAAGGGUCAUGUAACAUACUACGUAUUACUGAUAUUCAGAGUACUGUUUUCAUGUAAAUUGUUUUUAUUGUUAACUAAAUAAAUAACAAGCUGUAUACUGA